UACUCUCAUAUUCGUAUAUGGUUAGGGAGUGUAUGUCAGUUAACCACAGUGUAAAGAUAUCUAUCAGGAACUCUGGACGGGACAAGAGAUAAAAUUGAGCAUUUAAUAAGUGAUUCUUACUGAUUCUUAGAAACUCAUGAACUGACAAAUAUAAACUUGACAAAUAUGAACUUCAAGAAGUGAACUGCUUUAUUGUUUUUCAACGAAGAAGAUCUGGAGUUUGUGGAUCAAGACCUUGAAGGAAUGCAGGCUGUGCCUGGGUUCAGGUGUAGAGAGCGGGGUGAGCGUUCCUCACAUCAACUUGUGCCCAGAAUGGUACGGGUAACAGGGCCAGGCUCCAGUGCUGUGGGUCUCCAGGGGCCACUCAGAGCUUCUAAACCCCCACGUGAGCUCAGUGUGGAGGAGCAACACGAGCUGCGUAGAAAGAUCAACAGUCGUGAGAGAAAGAGAAUGCAGGACCUCAAUGUGGCCAUGGAUUCAUUACGGGAAGUGAUGGUGCCCUAUUCGUCUUCGCCAACCAGUGUAGGGGGUGCACUGCAACACCCAUACCUCCCUCCUGGAGCUUCUCCGACUGGACGCCGCCUGUCCAAGAUCUCCACGCUGGUCCUGGCCCGAAACUACAUCCUGAUCCUAGGCUCCUCCUUGCAGGAGAUGAGGCGUCUACUGGGCGAGGUCAGCAUAGGCAUGGGCGUCGGCGGGACUGUACCACGUCUGCUGCUGGCAGGGGGGUGGCCGUUUCUCACCGGGCCAGGACAGUUUCUGCUCACCCCGCCAGAGCAGCAACUGGGUGUGGCAAAAUGCCCUCUUCUGCCGCAGAACACCUCUCCGGCCCAGGAAGAGCUCUCGGUGUGGUUAAGCAGCAUAUCGGAGAGUCCGGGGUGCCAGUGUGGGGUGUGCAGGACCCCACGAGUGUUGCAUGUUAACCCUGCCACACAUUUCCCAAAGUGAAUUCGACUUGCUUGGAGAAAGACCUAAGAAUGUUAAAAGAGAACAACUAACAGUACCCACAACAAUGACAUAUUUCUUUUAGUAAUCUGCAUCUGUGGAAGGUGAGGUGUCCGGUUAACUUUUUACCUUUUAUUUUGAUUUAACUAGAGAAAAUAGAACAGGUGUUGAGCAUUUUCUACAUUUACAUCAUUCAGCAACAUAGAUCUUGCUUUUUGUUUAAAUCUCAAACUGUCCUCCAUAUUGUAUUUGCGUUCUUUGUAUGCUUGCUUACAAUAAAGGUAGUAAUACUGAAACAGUUUGUAUGUGUUUGUUGUUCGAAAAAAGAGGAAAGGUUUCCCUUACACACACUUACUUUUUUUCUAUCAUGGUGUGUGUGCGCAUGCAUGCUUGGUUACAUUCUAAGGGACUGAAAUAAUUAAUAGUGCACCCUUUUUGGCAGUACAAGGACGAAGCCUUUCUUUCACCCCAGGCCCCCAUUCAGCUUCCCAAACAAACCCCACAUCAAACCCGGCAGCCCCCAAUAAUUAGCCCACACUCUUUCUCGAACUUCACUGUCUUUUUAAUUCGGUCCCUCGUCCCCUGCUUGUCGAGGUAAAUACGUUUACACGGGUCGGCGUGGUGCCAUUCAGCACUCUCUGUGAACAACAUAUUCAAACGCCCGGAAAAUGUGUUUCCACCAAAGGAGUUCACUUACCUAAAUUACGCACAACACCCUUUCCAGCACCCAAACUCUGACAUCAACCCCUCUGAAGGCCGGGGCGGUUGAAAAAGAAGCAAUUCUUUCAAUCUCAGGGCAAAAAGGAGGGACCGUGAAAGGGGGAAAAGCAAUUCCAUCUUGUGCGUGAAUGAGAAUGCAGAUUAUAAUCAUAAGAAUAAUUAUAAAAUACGAGGAAUAAUCGGCCCUGCAGCAAAGGGGGAUUAGUCCGGCCAGGCACGUGAAAGAGGGCGAGAGGCUGAAUGGAAGGAGUCUGUUGCCCAUCGCCCGGGACAAAAGGAGAGGUAGAUGCCAUUAAGUGAGAUUAGGGUUAAUAGGCCUUGAUUUUCUUACAAGGAGGCAAAAAAAGAAAAAGAAGUACAGAGGAGGGGUGAGGUGGGACAGAGAAGUGGAAGAGAUCAAAGUAAGAAGCCCCGACUUAAAACCCUUCUCUUCACGAGGACGCACACAAGCACAUGCACACACACUUUAACUUGCCACCUCUUACAUUUACAUAUAGCUGCCUUAUGUCCGCUGACAACUUGAGGAGAUUACUUUGCUAAUUUUACCUCACUUCAGUGCUUUCGUAAGGCCAUCUUCUUCUGUCUUUCUCUCCUGAGAUGAUAACUUUCUCCCUGUCUCUCUGAUGCUGAUGGUGGGUGUAUUGUAAGAAGGAUGUAGGGGUCUGCUUUCUCUUUGUGUUCAAUCUUCAGCUCAUCAGUACUGCUAAAUCCAGCCACAACAAAAUGAAACAAAAGACGAGAGAGUAGAGCGGAGUGUCCUAUUGUUCUCCACUAAAUGCAAAUGUGUCCUAUACUUCUCUGAUAUAUAGCCAGACCAGCCACUAUGUGAGAGAGAAUAACUGACCUCUGUACUGUGAAUUCCCAGGCAAACUGAAUCUUUUCGCUAUUUAAGCAGGGGAAUUAUGUGCAAAACGAAUCAACAAUAUGUCGUGAGUGUAAAAGAAUGUUUGUGACAGGUAUUUGUGUGUUCGUGAGGUUGUCAGGUUGGAAAGAAACCAACUUUAAAUAAUAUUUCAAUAAAAAAUAUGGCGGAAAUGUGCAGACAUUUUGUAAUAUCAAUAAAAGCCAAUAGAAAGUCCUUAUCAUGACAAACAUGUGUGGUGUGUGUGUGGAUGCAUGAAAAUGAUCUCACGAAUGUAGUGAAAGUGGUAUAUAAAUUUUUUUGUUGGUUUGGUGUAUAGUCUUAAAUAAUUAUAAUUAGCUUUAUUUCAUAACAAUAGAAUACCGGCUGUAGAUGUGUGUCCGAGUCAGGGCAAAGUUUAAGACUGAUCGAGAGCCAUCUAUCCUGAGCUAUGGGUGAAAAGAUGAGUGUGAGAAGAUCUCCACUCCUCCUUUCAAAGUCUCUGCACACGUCCCAGGAUUUAUCUCUCUCCUCUCUGGGUUCUUUAUUCCUGCAAUCCAGCUAAAAAACACCAACCUCUUUGUGACUUAUGAAGGGUUAGAGUGUCAUCGAUAUAUCACACACAAAACACACCACACACAUACACAAAAAAAGGCAAAUUAAUAAUUCACGAAAGUCUACUUAAGGCAUAACAAAUUUAUGGCAAAUUAUAACAAACAUGAUAACAAGUCAGAACAGUUAAACAACUGCACAGCUACACUGUAGCAACCACCUGCCAACAACCAACAAAACACUUUUGCAACUACAUAAAAACACCGUAGCAACCAUUCAGAACACCCUAGCAACCUUAUAGCAAUGUAUAAUUUUGUUAGAUGUAAAUAGCAAAAAUCUAUUUAUCUUUCAGAACAGACCCCCACUCCCAUGUUUACAACUUUCUAGUACCAUUUCACUUUUCACCUUCUUUUUCUUGAAACAUUCAAGUUUUUUACCUCAUCUUAUGCCUCUCUGUCUCUCUCCCUCCCUCCCUCUCUCUCAUUUGUUCAUCUCAACGUGGGGAGUCUUGAUGAUAGGAAAUGCUGAGCCAUAAAUUGGAACAUCUGAAUGAAAGAGAGUUAGAGGGAGGGGUGGAACAGGGGUCCCCUCUCUUUCUCCCACCCAUCUUAUUUAUCUCCCCAAGCAUUAAACCUCAUGUGUCCCCACAUCCAUCCAUCCCCCUCCCUCUCCACCCCAAAUUCCUGCCUACUGUUCUGUAGCCUGGUUCAGCCCAGUACGCACACUUUACUGGGCCGGUAAUGACCUGUGCCAUUAACCCCCUGAGCCUCUCACACCCUCUCUCUGUCACACACACAGUUUUAUUGGCCUCCAUAACAGUGUCUCAUUGCCCCUAUGCCCCUGAAGAUUGUGAGUGCUUCAGAAUGGCGUGGCAUGGGAACAGACCAAAACCCAGGCAGUUAAACACUCACAAAGACAGAAAUGAGAGUUCAAUGUCUUGACAGAGAUCUGUAAUCUUAAACCUUACCAACCAGUGGAUUUAUUUCUCUCAUUUUGUUUUCAAUUAAAAUGUCCUAUACCUGCUAAAAAAAGAAAUAUGAUAUUAUAUGCAGUAGACGCAAAAUUAAUCAUAAGCAACACUUUAAAAUCAAUUAGAUUUCACAGAAUAUCAAAUCAAGUGGCAAAUUCAAACGCGACUUUCUGCAUUUUUAACUCAGUAUAAAUUGUUUUUAAUGUACAGUAUUUAAAAAGCCAGUUUCUUGUCAAGUUCACACAGUGUAGUUCAUCUCAUUAAUUUUCAAUCAGGAAUUGUCUAAAUUCCUUUGGUCUCCAUUUAUGAUUGUUUCUCGUUUGUUUUAUAAUUUGCUUUU